CGGUGCAGCACUGCGGGGGCAAGCAAGGCAAGUAUGGCCGGUAGUGGCGUAGUAGUGCGCCGCGAGUGACAGAUACACGAUUGUCCGCUCCUCCAUCGCUGUAUCCACCAUCUCCGGGGUGUCCGCGCGCGCCGCGCGAAACUCCGAGUGCUAGUAUGAUCGUUUCGGUCUGAGUGAAAGAAAGAGAGGGAGAGAAGAAAAUUUAAGAGAGUGCGUGAAAGAAAGUGAACGAACGAAAGAGAGAGAGAGGGAGAUAAAGAUAGGGAGUCUGUGCGACAAACCGCCACUAUCCCCGGCGCCGGUGUGAUGAUCAAGGAUAUGGCGGACGAUGAGGCCAUACAGGCCACCAACGACGACGCCAGCGAGUGCAAGCGUUACGCGGUGCAGCUCGGCUAUUGGUGCGACCCAUUCAUCAGCCUGUUCGUCAAGCAGACCGCUCGGAAGGCGCCUGAGAUCAAUCGCGGCUAUUAUGCCAGAGUCAAGGGCAUCGAGCUCUUCGUUGACAAGUUCCUCAAGAUAUCUGGCGGUAAGGGGCAGAUUAUAAACUUGGGUUGUGGUUUCGACACACUCUACUGGAGGCUCAGAGAGGCGGGAAAUAGUCCCGUGAACUUCGUAGAACUCGACUUUCCGAGUAUAACUGCGAAGAAAUGUUAUCACAUAAAGAAGCACAAGCAAUUAAUCGAUAAGCUAAACACCGAAGAUGGAGAAAUCCGAUUUUCGACCACAGAGCUGCACGCCGCGAAUUAUCAUCUAGUCGGUACAGAUCUGCGACACAUAGCGGAGUUGAAUAACAAGUUGACUCAAGCCGAAGUCAAUUUCAAUCUACCCACCAUGUUCCUCGCAGAAUGUGUUCUAGUAUAUGUUGAUGCUAGCGCGACCUCGUCGUUGUUGAAAUGGUUAGCAGGCAAAUUUUCAAACAGCCUCUUCGUCAGCUACGAGCAAGUGAACAUGAAGGACAAAUUCGGUCAGGUCAUGUUGUCGAAUCUCCGUAGCCGCGGAUGCUUAUUGGCGGGCGUGGAAGACUGUGAGUCGUUGGAGGCUCAAGAAAGGCGAUUUACCAUGAACAAUUGGGAGGGCACGAAUUCAUGGACGAUGGUGGAAGUUUAUGAUUCACUGCCUGUAAUGGAUCGUAGUCGAAUCGAGCACAUAGAGAUGCUGGACGAACGAGAACUCCUUACACAGCUACUUCAGCAUUAUUGUAUCGCCAUCGCUUGGAACGGACAAACAUUCAAAAAUCUAUCUAUAGCACAGGGUUAGAUCACCACCUAACUCUCUCUCUCUGUGUCUAUCUUGCGAGUUACUCCAGGUAAUGACGUCAUAUAAUUCUUAAAUCGGCGAAUUCUUGUGAAUUACUUGUAAUAUCCCAACCGAUAGCAGAAGAUUAACGAUUUUUAAAUUGCGCUUAAGUAUAUCCCGAUUAAUCGAUAGGAUUCGAAUUAAACUUCUACUUUUCCAUCUUUCAAACAGUUUGCCGUAAUAAUUUUUGUAUAUGCUUCUUUGUCCUCUACUAAGCGCGUCAUGAAUAUACUUUUUGAAUAUACAUGAAUAUAUUUUUUAAUAACUAUUAUAAAACGAGACGUCAUAAAAUGAUUCUCGAUGUUCGUGAUGUGGUUAGCUAAUAUGAUAACAAUGAUAAAGCCGUCUUGAUGUCCUUUCGCAGAUUUCAGUCACCUUAAUUUAGACUUAAUCUUUGAAUUUUGUGUAUAAUGUAUAAUGACUCUAUCUCUGCAAAAGAUCGAUUACGUCUCGCUUCUUAUUGCAGAUUUUUCUGAUGUAUAAAAGUAUGAUCGAUAUUAUAAAUCGCUAUUGUUAUGUAAUUGUGUAUGUGCGGCCAAAUAGCGCGAUAGUAAUGCGCAGAGUAAUUUAUUAUAUUACGAGAUAUACCAUCGAAGAUCAACCAUCCAAUGCUCAUUAUUUUUUUUUUUCAUCAUUUAUUAUCCGAUUAUAGUUUCAUUUUAAUAUGAAAGUUUUAGAUUUUGUAUUAGGUUGCAAAGAAGAUAAUUUCAUAUUUUUUUAUAGACUAAGCUAAAUCUGUUCCUUUUAUCUGCACAGUUUUACAUAUUCCAUGUAUAAAGAGUAAAUGUUCUUGUUAUGCAAGAAAAAAAUGUAAAGAAAAAAGAAAAAUAUAUCUAGAAAGUACAUCGA